AGUAAAGCUCAGAGAAAGCUCGGGGAAGCUCUGUAGGGUGCAGCCCGAUCGAUAAGGAGCUUCUCUGAGAAACAUAAGUUUGGAUUUUAGUAAUGCGAUUCUUAGCCUGUUAAAAGCUCGCACAGGAAAGGGAGAAACUCUGGAAAAUAGUGCAUUUUCGUAGAGGAUAACUUGGCAGUUAGGGUGUACUUUCUACAGUCGUCCAGGAGCUAAGAUGGCUGUUCGAGGCAACAACUUGACACCUUUCUCAAUCCAGGCGAUCCUGAAUAAGAAAGAGAGCAGCAGACCUACUAAAGGUGUUCCUUGCUGGAAGUUAUUUGGUGCCAUGGAAGUGACGCCGCAGGGCUUCUCGUCUCCUUGCAAAUCGAACGCGGAAACCAAACUUCGGUGUGAUGAGCCCCAAGUCUGGGAUUCAGACUCGGAAAACGAUGGGGUACCACCGCCUCAUGGAGACCUGCAUAAACCACGGGAGAGGCCAUUAAUCUCGGCUACUUUGCUAGAACAUGGACGAGACAUCAAAGAAGAAGACAGUCAAGUCUUCAGUGACAGCGAGCUGUCAGCAGGCAUAUCAGAUCCCAGCCACCCAGAAGAAGAGGAAGAGGAUGACGAGGAAGAAGAAGUUGAGGAAGAUGAUGUUUCUCAAAAAAACCCUACUGCCGCUGCGUCUGGCCCGGGUGGACAGUUGUUGAAGGCGCGCAAGAAACGAUCACGGGCUGCCUUCUCCCACGCGCAAGUUUUCGAGCUGGAGAGGCGCUUCAACCAGCAGCGCUACCUGUCAGGCCCUGAGCGGGCUGACCUGGCAGCCGCGCUUAAAUUAACCGAGACUCAGGUCAAGAUCUGGUUCCAAAACCGCCGCUAUAAGACGAAACGUCGUCAGAUGGCUGCCGAGCUCCUUGCCACUGCUACCCCACCUGCCCGGAAAGUGGCCGUCAAGGUGUUAGUGCGAGACAACGAGAGACAGUAUGAACCUGGAGAAUUGCUGCUGCGACCAUCGCCAGCAGUAGCCGCCAUGUUGGCUCCCCCCCAGCCGUCCUAUUACUACCCAUAUCCGUACUGCCUGCCUGCCUGGAGCCUGGCUGCAGCAGCGGCUGCCGCAGCAGCAUGUGGAGCUGGCAGUCAAUAAGUGUCAUAGUCAGACAUCCCAGUGUCUGAACUAUCAUAUACUGAUUUAAAACAAAGUGAGAAGAGACAUCUUAAAAAUCAAAACUAUUAUUUAUUAAUAAGGUAUACUAGUUGGACAGGCCUAUGUGCACCCUCUAGUAUGGUUGCUGCUGCGCAUUGCUUCAUGGUAUCCAUGGUGUUGUAUAUAUUUUAGGACGAAGAUGGCUGCAGCAUUCUCCAAACUCAAAUAUUUUUGCAUCAAGCUCAGGAGCUCUGUUUACCAAGGAUAGGAAAUGCGGUUGGUGUCAGCUUAUAUAAAGACUACUCAUUUCUUCCUGUUAAGCCAAGACUGAUGUCCUUCUAUAGCUUUACUUUUUAUCAUCUGUGUGUGUUUGUCCUAUACUCGAAUGUUUAAUGAAGACUGAUUGCCUUAGCAUGACCAUGAAGUUGUGUAAUAAGUGAGGAGAAAUAAUGACAGUUUAACAAACAUAGAUGAUCGGUCAAGUUAUUUUUACAAAUGCAUCUAAAUGACUGUUGCUUCUUUUUUUCAAUGGGUGUGUGUAAAAAGAUAGUUAAAGUUGGAAUUAUGAAAUUAAACGGCAAUGGCAUCAUGAAUGUAUUUGGUACAAAGGUAUAACGAAGGGUUUAUGAUGGCCUGGCUCCAGGGAGACCAGAAUAAAGGACACACAAAUGCGAACUAUGACUGAUUAUGUAUGUAACAUUUGCUAUCUGUAGUAUAACGUUUACAUACCAGUAGCAUUUUAGUUACAGACGUAGUCAAAGCACUUGAACGAUCAUGAAUUUCAAUUAAUCCAGAAAUGAAGAGGUGUAGCUUGGGUUAAGUGUGACGAACAGUAGUUUGUUAAGUUCCUUUAGGAAGAUAGUUGUGU